AUUGUGAAAUUGUAGAUCAAACACCGCAAGCCCGCUUUAACCAAAAACCCUCAAAAACCCCGUCCCCUCGACCUGAGACCACAAAACAACACAGAGCAAGACCUAAGAGCCGCGCGAAGAGCUUCCACUCCAAUGGCGGCGAAGAACCAGAACCACCAGCAGCAGAGCGACAAGACCAGAAAGCGAAAGCAAGUUCCAGGCGCGAAGACCGAAGCACCAGACCGCUCCGCCACCUCCAAGAAGCCCAAGGUCCUCGCCGCCCCGAAACCGUCGUAUCAUCCGGCCAAGGGCUCCACCAAACCGUUCAAAUCACCGAAAAUGAAGUUCGAUAAAUCGGAAACCGAUAAGGAAAAGAAGCCGAUGUCGAAGCGAGAGCGUCGCAUCAACGCCAAGGAACUCGCAGAGGCUAGGAAGAAGAAGAGGAAGCGAUAUUACACUCUUGAGCAUGAGCUAGCAUCUCUGUGGGAAAAGAUGAGGUGUCGCAAUAUUGCGAAAGAAGACAGAUCCAAGUUUGUGACUGAAGCUCUACAAAAGAUGAAGGGAAAAAUUCCUGAAAUUGUAGGAUCCCAUAUUUCUUCUCGUGUUCUGCAGACUUGUGUCAAGUACUGUUCACAAGCUGAAAGGGAUGCGGUAUUUGAAGAGCUCCAGCCACAUUUUCUUACUCUUGCGUGCAACACCUAUGCAGUUCAUUUGGUGAAGAAAAUGUUAGACAAUGCCUCCAAAAAACAGCUGGCAGGGUUUAUUUCCUCCCUCCAUGGGCAUGUGGCUUCUCUUCUUCGUCACAUGGUUGGAUCAGUUGUUCUUCAGCAUGCAUACGACUCAGCAAAUGCAACCCAAAAGCAGGAACUUCUGUUGGAAUUAUAUUCUACAGAGCUUCAGUUGUUUAAGGAUCUGGUCUCAAUGAAAGAGAGCAGGUUAGUGGAUGUAAUCCCAAAGCUGGGUCUACAGAAAGGUUCAGUCUUACGACACAUGACUAAAGUGAUUCAACCAAUUCUAGAGAAGGGAAUAGUUGACCAUUCUAUCAUACACAGGGUGCUAAUAGAGUACUUCAGCAUAGCUGAUCAGUCCUCUGCCACAGAUGUAAUCCAACAGUUGACGGGUCCGCUCCUUGUUCGAAUGAUCCAUACCAAGGAUGGAUCCAGGAUUGCGAUGCUCUGUGUCAAGCAUGGGAGUGCUAAGGAAAGAAAGAAAAUUAUCAAAGGAAUGAAAGACCACAUAGCCAAGAUUGCUCAUGAUCAGUAUGGGAGUAUGGUACUUGUCUGCAUUUUUUCAGUUGUUGAUGAUACAAAGCAAAUAACAAAGGCCAUAAUUCGUGAGCUUCAAAAGAUUUUAAAGGAGCUUGUUUUGGAUAAGAUCGGAAGGCGUCUGUUACUGCAGCUACUUCAUCCAAAUUGUUCACGCUAUUUGAGUCCUGAUGACCUGAGUUCUCUCAAUUUAUCUAUACCUUCUCUUAGUGCCAAGGGUGAGUCAGAAGCAAGUUCUGAAGUAAAAUCUUCGAAGGUUGAUGAAUUUAGUGGUGAAGAGGCCAAGGAUGACACAAAAGUGACUGUAGCUGAGGGCAAUACAAAUACUUCAUCUAGUGACAAUAUUCAGCUAGUUGAGGGAGGAAAAAAGGAUCCUUUCUUAAGGAGGCAAGAGUUGUUGGUCAAUAGUGGUCUUGCUGAGGGUCUAAUUGAUAUAUGUAUCGAGAGUGCAGGAGAACUUCUUCGAUCAAAUUUUGGCAAAGAAGUCAUAUAUGAGGUUGCAACUGGAGGUUUUGAUGGCAUUCUCCGCCCAACUUUGGAUGACAAGUUGAAUUCCCUUCAUAAAGCAAUAGCAACUCUUGCAGCCAAUUCAUCAGAAGAAUCAGAAGAGGAGCAUGUACUAAACAAUUUUCAUUCCAGUCGGACCAUUAGAAAACUUGUCUUGGACUGCCCCACAUUUGCUCGUACUUUUUGGAAGAAAGCUCUGAAAGGGAAGAGUAAGUUGUGGGCCCAAGGUCACAGUUCAAAGGUAAUUUGUGCAUUCUUGGAAUCCUCUGAUUCUAAGGUACGUGAACUGGCAAAAGAGGAGCUGCAGCCCUUGAUAGAUGGUGGGAUUAUCAAACUUCCUGAGACCAAGCAGUCAGCAAAUGAAAGUUAAAGUCACUGAUGGUGGAUGAAUGAGGUUGUUACUCAGUGGAAUAGAAAUGACAUCUGGCGUGUUGCUGGUUGAUUCACAUUCUUAUGCAAUUCAAGUCAUCUAGGGAUUUAAUGUAACAUAAAGAGUGUAUCUAGAGAAAUUUUUUGGACUGCUAGCCUUCUUAAGGCGGUGAAAUUUUGUAUCCAGGGUGUCUUGUCAUAUUUAUCUGAUGGUUUUGAUGAUGAAAAGAGUCGCUGAUAACAAUAUAAAAAGCAGCAAAAAUCCCUGUACAAUACCUUAGAAGAAGAGCUACUGAUGGUUAAUGUUUUUACCAAGUUUUCUAUC